CUGACAUUCUAAUUUGUCAAAAUUUUCAAAUAAACAAUUAAAUGUAAGAUGAACGUGUAAAGAUUAGGAAAUAGGAAAAUAGUAUAAAGAAAAGUACUUCAAAAUGAAUAUUACCUUGACAAGCUUAGAAGCUUUAAUUUUGAAAGCAACUCAUGAAAGUCUGCCACAUCCCGAUGCUGCAGCACUGGAAGCCUUUUGUACUAUCAUGAAAGAUUCAGUAGACGGUCCACAACUUGCUGCUCAGGCUCUUGCUGCUCGAAUUCAGUCUCAAAACGCACGCGAAGCUCUACUCGCGUUGUCGAUGCUCGAUCGCUGUAUGCGACGUUGUGAUAUAACAUUCCAAAAUGAAAUUGGUAAAUUUAGAUUUCUCAAUGAAAUGAUAAAACUUGUAUCACCGAAAUAUUUAGCUAAUAGAACAUCACAUGAAGUACAGACCAGAGUACUACAGUUAUUAUAUGCCUGGUCUACACAAUACCCAAAAGAGACAAAGUUCAAAGUUGCAUAUGAUAUGUUAAGAAAUCAAGGUGUGGUGAAGGAAACUCCGCCUCCAUUGCCUCCAGAGGAUGCUCCCUUCUCUGCGCGGCCAAGAGCUAAAAAUGCAAUAUUUGAGGAUGAAGAGAAGUCAAGAUUAUUGCAGAAACUACUUCAAAGUAAAAGGCCUGAGGAUCUACAGCAUGCAAAUAAGCUAAUUAAAACUAUGGUCAGAGAGGAGGAGCGUCGUAAUGAAGCGAAUAGCUUACGCGCUCAGGAGGUAGGCGCAGCGCUGGACUGUGCGGGCCUGCUGCGCGACAUGUUGGCACGUGCUGCGGACGCUUCCCAUGAUGAAAAGCAACUCAUACACGAGCUUCACGCAAGUUGCGCAAGGCUCCGCCCUGCGUUGCAACGUCUUGCAGCACUUGACACACAAGCUGAUAAUCUAGAUGAUAUACUUCACGCACAUGAUGUGUUGGUGGAAGUCUCGGAAAAGUAUCAAGAAUUUGUUUCACAGAAAACACCACAAUUGAAAGGAGCGAAAGAUAUGCAAGUCACAAAUCAUGACACAUUAUUAGAUUUUGCUGGGGCAAUAAUUAAUAAAAAUGUUGAUGUUGCAAAAACUACUGCAACGGUCAACAAGGCUAAUGUAAUAGAUGAAUUGGGAGAUAUAUUUUCACAUGGAAGUAGUUCAAAUAUUGCUGCACCAUUGAAACCCGUCAGUCUAAUACAAAAUGAAGACAUUGAUCUCUUAGGUGAUAAGACAAAUAAGGCUGAAGGCUGGAAUCAAUUAGACAGUCUCGGAGAGCAGUUGCUAAAACAAUCCUUGCCUGAAAACGCCAAACGUAUUGAUAAUUUUAGUGGUAAACAAGUAAAAAAGAUAUCUAUGAAUGCUUUGGAGGUAUCUUCACCCAAACACGAACAGCAAACAACAAAUGAUAGUUCAUUAUUUGAUUUGGACUUUUUCAUCAAGAAAGAAGAUGAAAAAAUUGACUCUCCGGAAACAUCUGAAGCUGCUAAACAACUCAAUGACGAUGUAAUGGUCGACAUCACACAAAAUACUGUCGAUAAUAGUUCAAACAUUAAAGACAGUCCUUUGGACAGCAUUCUAGAUUUAGGCUUACCGUUAGUCAAUAAUGUCACAAAUGUUGACAUAGAAUCGACAGUGACUAAAACAGAAGUCAAUACUACUCCUGAACCAAAGGAUACAACUAAAAAUAAUAAAUACAGUGACGUGAAACCUUUGACAGAUAUAAAUGUGACAUUACAAAGUAUACGACCGAGCAAAGUGCCUCCGUUGACUGUGUUUGAAGAAGAGGGCGGCCUAACCGUAGUUUUACACUUCUGUAGGGACAAACCACGUCCUGAUGUCAAUGUUAUAGUCAUUUCUACAACAAGUAAGAAUACCUCGCCUAUAGAGGAUUAUAAAUUCCAAGCGGUACUUCCCAAGGGUUGUAAGGUGCGGUUGCUCCCGGCCUCGGGUAGCAGUUUGCCUGCGUACAAUCCGUUCCUGCCCCCGCCGGCGCUGACACAGCUGAUGUUGGUGGGCCGGCCCGCGCUGCACUCGCGUACACACCUCAAGUUCGUCCUCACCUACACCUGUGAUGAUGAGAUGUACUCCGAAAUGGGUGAGGCAGACAAUUUACCACUAGAUGAUAUCUAAUUUAUUCAUUAAAAAAAACUAUAAACUGAUAAUAUUAAUUGAAUUAUAAUUUUUUGAGGUGCUAACCAAUGAUGCUAAUAAUUUGUUCCUCAAUUUGUUUAUUUGACUAUAAAAACUCGCAACAAUCAGCU